AUGGCAAGUGGCGACCUCCUUGGUGACCCCUCCCCGGGCCGUGCGCCCUUGCCACGUUACGAGCAGCUGAAGGAAGAGCAAGAGCAAAUGCUGAUGCAGGCGAGAGUUCCGGUUGCCACCACCACGGUGGUCCACAUGGGCCCACAGGUCUAUGUCUCACCUGCACGUGACCAUAUUGUCUGGUCGAUCUUUAGCACGAUUUACUUAAAUUUUUGCUGCCUCGGGGCCAUGGCCCUUGCAUUUUCCGUCAAGGCACGGGAUCGUAAAUUGGUUGGUGACCAUAAUGGUGCAAGCAGCUAUGGUUCCACUGCCAAUUCCAUAUAA